AUGGCUGGUCUCGGAAUUUGGGUCAUUGGCGCGACGGCGGAGGCUUUUUUGAUUCAAUAUAAUGUAUUGUUGUGCUGGUGGUUGACUAUCAAAUGGGCCAGACGUGAGAGAGUUUAUUGGAAGGAAAGUUGGAUGGUUUUCUUCUUGACUGGAGAGAGUUGGUAGAGACGGCGGUAGAAAAAGAUAGAGGUGCAAGUAUUUCAUAAUUUUCGCCUAUUCUGUUCUUGAUCGAUUAUGUAAAAACUCGGAAAAACAGAAAGAAAAUAAGUUAGGUUUCAUUUUUUUAAAAAAAGUUUUUCUCGAGGUUUUUGUUGAAAAAAAGCACAAGAAUACUGUAAACUGAGACUUUUGAGCAAGUUAAAAUGAAAAAAAGAUAUGAAAACUGAAAAAGAGGAAAAAUUUAUUUAUUUAUUUAUAUUAUUCGAAUAAAUUUUUCUAUUUUAUUUCUAAAUCCAUUAAUUUCAGCUGGGGACCGAGUAGCGGAAGUCGAAGAAAUGCUCAAGACUUUCGAGACGGAAAAUAUUCUCAAUUUGGAAGGCUUAUUCCUGAACUCGGACCGUCUACGGAAGGUCAUGGAAAUUGUGCAGUUUUCCUCGAAACCUGGCACUUCUGUUGUCUUCACGCGUUGUGGUUAGAUCGCUGUCAAAAUACAUGCAAAAAAGUUAUGAGUUUAUCCAGAAAUCGAUGAAAAUUCCUUGCAAAUGGCCCGGACGACGGCUUCCAAGGCAAAAGCCGUGAAGAUGAAUGGAAUCAGGGCUUGUGAGGACCCGAUGGAAGCCUUGUUCGAAGUUUAUCCUAAAGGUCGGAUAGAGAAUAAAACCAGGAGUUUUCAGGGCGAGGAUCUCCUGGAACUGCAGAAGUUGGAUAUUUCUAGUCUGGAAUUGAAAGCGACGGAGAGUUUCGAGAAUUUACUUCGGAGGGCGCCGAAACUGCGGCAUUUAGUCAUGGCCGCUGCUCGGAUUUCGCCAACUUUCAACCCCUCAAGAGCUGUUUCUGCCAUCUCUAGUUCGUAUUUUGGUUUUGGUGUUUCACUCUAUUCGCCACAGUUUGAAAUAGUCUCUCAAAAAAAUCAUCAAAGAAGCUCGUCUAUUGGAUUUCAUAAUGACAAACAUUGUUUUCAAACAUUCCGCUUUCUCACUUUUCAGAAAUGCAAAACUUGGUCGAGCUGGACUUGUCCUAUUGCACUUGGAUCAAAGGAGAUGACUGGGGUUCGGCUUUUGGUUCUCUGGACACAUUGGCGAAACUUCGAAUCAUUUCCGUCGACUUGAAGAACGUCGAGUUUGAGGUUUUCGAUUCGAAAGCUAGAAGAUAGUCCUUUUUACAAGUUUGAAGUGGAGUCAGAGAAUGAGAAAAGUAUUAAUUCGAGUUCUAACUUGAUUCAAAAAAGCAUGUCAAGUUAAGAAAGAAAUUUUAAAAAAGGAGUGGGCGAAAGAACGAGCAUAAAAACUAAAAAGAAAAGUAGUGUCAGAGGGAUGAACACUUUUGAAGACUAGUCACGAAGAAGUUGAGCAAGUAGCAGUUUUCGUUUUGGCUCAGAUCAUGACUGUAAGAAAUUUUCCAUCAUCAAGAUCACGUGGCUGCCGAGCCUGACCGAUCUCAACGUCUGUGGCAGCAAGCUGGAGUGGAGCAGCUUCAUGGAGUGGGUCGGCACGAGCUCGCUGACCCGUCUCGACGUCUCCUCUACCGACAUCACCGUCGAACAGCUGGCCGAGGUCGGCGAGCACCGCGGCGGACGUCUUCCGCUGGCUGUCAUCGCCCGACGUCUUCGCUCCGUCGACGAGGACCGGCUUCACAGUCUUCUUAAACCUUUGGCUGAGGCCAAAGUCGACCUAGUCUUGUGA